CGCACAAAACUCCGCCCCCCACUGAAGGGCGCCCGAGCAUCGUUCGGCGUAUUCAUACAUUCGCCGUUCUCCUCUCACUCGCCGUCAGACACCGCGCCGCACGCACGUACCGCGCUCCUAAUUAAAUUUUGAAAGUCACCAUUGUACUCGUAACAUCGUAAUAAAUAACUGUUCCUGAAAAGCUGGUUUUUAUGAAGAUUCCCUCCAAGCUUUGGACCUUCGAGCCAAGAUUACAACGCAGAAGACCGGCAACGACCUUUGGACUGAGGGAAAGUUAUUCAACGGCGGAACCGUUACUUCAAAAUCUGAAGAAGGCGCAGUCAUCACCACGUCACGUCAUCAUCGAGCAGCAAAAUCGGGGACAACAGAGCGGAGGCUCAUCCACGAAAGCUAUCACAAGCAGCAAAUCGAGGACAACAGAGCAGAGACUCAUCCACGAAGGCUGUGACGCACGCAGACGAGGUCCAGGUUGCCUCGCUUCCCGCUUCCACGCAGUUUAUCUGAUUCUUCAUCAUCGCUUGCAUCUUCUCUUCAUUGCACCUACGCUUAAGUAUCUUUUUUCAUUACAUUUUACACAGAUCGUUAUAAUUUUCUCAUAACCGCUAUAGUUUAUUCAUUGUCAGUUUUAACUACCCCACUUCAUACUAAAUUAAUUUCUAUUCACAAUGACGAAAUUAGUUGAACUCAAAAGAAAGCGUGGUUCGUAUAAAGCUAAGCUUACGCAUUUUAAAACCUUUUUAGAUAAUUUAACAAAUCAAACCGAACCAAGUCAAACCCAACUCAGUGAUCUCGGCCUCAGACUUUCCACCGUGGAGUCUUGGUACGGAGAGUAUGACUCGUUACAAAUAGAAAUAGAAAGUUCGAUGGAAAUUUCAGAAACCGAGUGCGAGAGAGAGUACGAGUACCGCGAGAAGUUUGAGGUUGAGUACUUCGCGAUCGUCGGCCGCGCUCGAGAGUGGAUUGCUGAAGAAGACCCCGCCAGGAUACAAACGUUGCCACGUUAUCGUCGCGCUCAGGCGCUCAUAACGCAUUUCUGGAAUCGUUACUACCUAGAAUACAUUUCAGACUUGCAGAAGAGAACAAAGUGGCAAUCAACCAAAGGUGGAGAGCUGCGCAUUGGAGACCUGGUGGUGGUGAAAGACGACCGCCUCCCACCUAACCGCUGGCUGCUGGGACGAGUUGCCUGCCUCCAUCCCGGCCGUGACAGCAUCGCCCGCGUCGUGGACGUCAACACAUCGGCAGGAGUUUUACGAAGGGCAUACAACAGACUUUGCCCACUACCCUGAUCAUUUUAAACGCUUCAGCGUUUCAACCCGGGGAGCCUGUCAACGCACAAAACUCCGCCCCCCACUGAAGGGCGCCCGAGCAUCGUUCGGCGUAUUCAUACAUUCGCCGUUCUCCUCUCACUCGCCGUCAGACACCGCGCCGCACGCACGUACCGCGCUCCUAAUUAAAUUUUGAAAGUCACCAUUGUACUCGUAACAUCGUAAUAAAUAACUGUUCCUGAAAAGCUGGUUUUUAUG